GACACGGAAUAAAUUACUGCAGAAAUUUGUUUUGUCUUUUUCUCUUUUCAGUAAUAAAUGUCUCAAUAUUGUUUCGUUUUGAGUUAACUAUAAUCAAAUACCAACGUGAAAGUAAACUUUUCCCCGCAAAUACCUGAUGAUAGUAUUGAUUUUUAGAGCUAGUUUGUAAGGUAUAAUAUGAAAGUUAUUUGUGCUGGUUUGUCCAAAACGGGCACCAAGUCUAUGAAUGAGGCUCUCAGUAUACUUGGAUACAAAGUAUAUGAUUUACUAGAAAACUUCGAAAUAUUUGGCAAAGAAUGGCGAAAAAUAUUUGAUGGAAAAGCUGGAGUGGAAGAAAUACGAGCGAUGUAUAAAGACAUCGAUGCAGCAAUGGACGUUCCAAUUUAUUCAUUCUGGGAAAUGAUUUUGGAGGCCUUCCCGGAUGCCAAGGUGAUACUGACGGUUCGUGAUGACGAAGACAAAUUUUGCGAAAGCAUGAAAACGCAAUUAAGGAAAAAUAACCAAAUAUUCAAGUUUCUUACUCUAUUUUCACCAACGUUACGGCGUUUUUUAAACUUUUGCGAAGAUGCAGGCAGGUGUUUCAUUUUUUUUAACUGA